ACUCGGUGCUUGCAUUACGUUCGUUCCCAUCACCAGUAACCGGCUGUCCAGUGGCGAACUUCCUCUGCUGCUCGUAGCGUUUCUACUGUAAUCACCUACAGCGUAAGGGCCGGCGAGACAGCGCAGAGAUGGCUGUGGCGGAGGCGGCGUCGUGGCUGCAGAGGACCUCUACCCUGCUCGCCCCUGGGCCCUGGCAGUGGGCGUGGCUUUCUCCGUGGGCGUGGCUCUUCUCGUCAGAGGUCGCCAGCGCAUACGCCGCCUACAACGCCUCUGCCGUCAGCAACUCCACAGACCUCGAGCUGCGCACCGAGGCGCCGCCCAGCCCGUCGGCGCUGGCACUGUACGAGCACCUGUCGCUGCCGGUGCCACUGCCCUCGGCCGCGCACCUGGGGCUCGCCACCGGCCUGUUGCUGGCACUAUUCUUCAACGCGCGCCGAGACGCCUUCAAGGAGCGGAAGCGCGCGGAGGCGUGGGCGGUGCGCGUGGCGUGCAGCGCGGCGUGGGUGGCGGGGGCGGCGGCGGCGCUGCCGGGGGCGGCGGCGCUGGUGGCGGCGUGCGCGCUCUACCGCCGCCUGGCGGCCGCCGUGCUCGCCUGCACCACCGGCCGAGACUUCGCGGGGCUGCUCGCCGGGCCCGACGCCGUCUGGGCCGUGGAGGACGACGCCGCGCGCUCCGUCAUCAACGUGCUCGCCACGCUACAGGUGGAGGACGACGGCGUGGACGGCGCGCAGCUGCUGCGCCAGCUGCGGUCGCUGCUGCUGGAGCGGCUGCAGAGCGGCGUGCUGCCCGAGAAGCUGCUGCUGCUGCGCCGCCACUCGCCGCUGGGCUACUUCUACUGGCAGCGACGGCCACAGCCGCUGCGCCUCGACGCCGUCGUCCGAGAGCACGUCCGUUUCCUCGACGACGAAGACGAUCUCGACGAGGACGCCGCCAGGUUCGCCGGCAGCCGACAGCACGGGGGCGCCGCCCAGUGGUGCUGGCUGGGCGCGCUGCGGCGCCGCCUGUGCGAGCUGGCGAACGCGCCGCUGCCGCAGGGCCACGCCGCCGGCUGGGAGGUGCUGGUCAGCGCCGCGCCCCUGGCCGCCGGGCCCGCCGACGCCGGACAGGACCCGCUCACCGCCAUGGAGGAAGGUCUGCCGGAUGGCGUAGUCGGUGGCGGGUUCCGGGUGUUCCCGGUGCUUCUGAGGGUGCACCACUCGCUGGGAGACGGCGUGGCCCUCCUGCACCUGCUGACGCACGCGCUCUCUGGCUCCCCACAGGUAGGGAACGCAUAG